AGCAGCCAUUUGAAGUUACAAAUUUAACCUCAACCCAAAAUCUUGACUACCUUUUUGCCUCCUCGUCUUCGUCUUCCUCUCCACCUCUGUAAAUCUGUAAUGGGGUUUAUGGUCACCAUUUCCCAUUCUUCGCCUCUCUUACACCUUCAAACCCAUACCUCUAUUGUCAACUCAUCACCCUUCUUCCGCAACAUCCAUAUACUACACAGGAAAAUCAGGUUUAUUAGCUGUUCGGCGCUGAAUAAGCCCAACAAUGCCGCUGCCGCCGCCGCCGCCACCACAAGCGGCUCCGACACUCUCAGAAUCAUAUUCGCCGCCGGUGGCACGGGGGGCCACAUAUACCCAGCGGUGGCUAUAGCAGAUGAGCUGAAAGCCAUAAACCCCAGUAUGCAAAUGCAAGCCCUCUUUGUGGGCAUGCCCGGUGGAAUGGAAAGCGCCGCCGUGACGGCGGCCGGCUACUCCUUUGCACCCGUCCCAGCCUCCCCCUUGGCCCGACCCUUCUUCUCUCCCUACAACCUCUUCAUUCUCCCUUUCCUUUUAAUCAACUCUCUCCUAAAAUGUUUCCAAUUGCUCCAAGAAUUCAAACCCCAGAUUGUCGUCGGCACCGGCGGCUUUGUUUCAUUCCCCAUUUCCCUCGCCGCCGCGCUUGGAGGCGUCAAACUUGUAAUCCAAGAGCAAAACGCAGCCCCCGGGAUCGCAAAUCGUGUGCUUUCCCUCUUUGCUGAUAAAAUAUUUUUAGCAUUCGAUUCGAGUAUUGAGUGUUUUUGGCAGAAGAAAAAGUGUGUAGUUUGUGGCAAUCCAGUAAGAUCUUCAUUGAAAAGAAAUGUCUCAAAAGAGAUGGCAAGACAACAUUUUUUCCCAGAAUUGGGAGAUUUGGAAGGAGAAGGGAAAGUAGUGUUAGUUCUGGGAGGAUCUUUGGGUGCCAAUGCAAUCAAUGUUAAGCUUUUGAAUUUGUAUUCUAAUGUGUUGGAUGAGAGGAAGGAUUUGUUUCUCAUUUGGCAGACUGGUGUGGAAGCUUUCCAUGAAAUUGAAAGUCUCGUAAAGACCCAUCCUCGAUUAGUCCUCACUCCGUUCUUGCACGCUAUGGAUUUGGCAUAUGCAGCUGCAGACCUUAUCAUUUCAAGGUCUGGGGCAAUGACUUGCUAUGAGAUUUUGGCUACUGGGAAACCUUGUAUUUUGAUACCAUCACCAAAUGUUGCAGAAGGGCACCAACUCAAAAAUGCUUGUUUAAUGGCCAAGCUAGCUGGUGCAAGGGUUAUUACAGAAAACGAACUCGAUUCAUUUGCUCUUAGAAGUGCUACCGAAGAAAUUUUAGGGGAUGAGAGUUUGAUGGCAGAUAUGUCUAAGAGAGCUUUAAAGGCUGCAAAGCUGGAUGCAUCUGCUGAAAUCUCUAAACACAUUCUCUCUCUUGUCAACUUCUCAGUAAUCAGUUGUGAAUGCAGCUAAUUGAGGGGUGUUUGACAAUUAGCGGUUAGUUGAUAGCUCAUUGAUUUAGUUGGUAUCUGAUAAUUGAUUGUGUUAAUUAGUUGGCUUGACCAAUUAGUAGUAUAU